CAAAUCCCAGCUCAUCUCAAACAAGUGUAACAAACUCAGUCAUCCAGCCAGAGACUUCCAGUGAUGAAACAAGGGUGGCAAGUGGUGUUAUUAAUCAAGUGGAAUUGACAUUGCCUACAAGUGAAUAUGGUGUUUCUGCUUUUGAUGACAUGGAUAACAGUGACCUCGACAGGAGCUAUUUAACUGGUAACCCAGUAAAUGUUGAUUCAGCUGGGGUUGUAGAAGAGGAUAUGAGUUCCUUAGGAGUUGUGGAUCUGAAUACUAGAGAUUUGUGUAUUUAGAUGUGUCACCAGGCCAGGUCUGAUUAGAGAAGCAUGCAGGUUACAGUGAUCCUACAAGAAGGUGACAACAUAGCUGAUGUGAUAAGAAUUCUGAAUAUUGUACAUGAAAUCAAUCAUGGAAACUUAUACUUUUGGAUAACUAAAGAAAAAUCCAGAUCUGGGAGAGAAGGGGACAACCUAAAAUUAGCAACAAAGGAAGAUGUGGUGGAUGCAGUAAAAAGGGCGGCAGAUGCUGUGGAUGCAUUCACGAGGGAAUGGGAGAGGUUAGAGCAGGAUCUUUCACUUAAGAGGGAGCAGGAGAGUGCAUUGCAAAAGGCAAUAGAGGAUGACAAGAUUAAAGAAUCAAGCAAGAUAAGUGAGGCCCAACAACCCAGAGAUACCUUAGAAUCAUUUCCUCCAUCUCCUUAGCAGCGUAAAAAUAUUAUUUCCCCCUCUCGUGUUCUUUUUAAAAUUUAAAAAAUGUCCUGAGUGCACGACGACAAGUUUGCUAGAACACUAGCACUCUCGCUCGCCCCGGGCUCCCUCCCGUGUUGAGCCUCGAUUGAAAAAUCGAGGCAUGAUUUGAAAAUCGAGGCUCGAUUGCAAAAUCGAGGCAAGAUUGUAAAAUUGAGGCUCGAUUGGAUAAUCGAGGCUCGUAUGUCGAAGCUUGCCAAAACGAGGAAUCGUGGUCGUUUUUGAUGAGGGGCUUUUGGGCUCGUUUCCCAGAAACCUUGAAUGAUCCGAAAAACGUGUGGGAGGCUAAGAAAGUGCCCUUUCUUCAUG